AAUUAAUAUGCAUCUUGUUUAUCUUUAUUCCACUUCACAAUUCUGUUAACUACUAUAUCUCUUUUAUUAAAACAUCCACAAAUAUUUUAAACUGAUUUGAGUUAAAUACAAUGCCUCGUUCUGUGUUCCAUUUUCUCUUUUCCAUGGUGACAAUUCUAUGGAUCAGUUUGUUAUGUGGUGAAAGUUUUCGUAUGAGUAAGUGUGUGGAGAUAGAGAGGCAGGCCCUCCUCAAGUUUAAAGAUGCUUACAUUCUUGGAUUGGACAACCCUUUUGCCUCAUGGAAUGGUGAAGAUUGUUGCCAAUGGGAAGGAAUUUUAUGUAAUAAUUUAACUGGCCAUGUAACCGGUUUGGAAAUAGGUUACGCCCCGGGAAUUGGAGGUAAGUUAGAUUCUUCAAUAUGUGAACUUCAAUAUCUAACUUCCUUAAGUCUUGAUAAUAAUCAAUUAAAAGGAAAUAUUCCCGAGUGCAUUGGUUCACUUGAUAAGCUCAUAGAGUUGGAUCUUAGUUCCAACAAAUUUGUUGGUGUCGUUCCUCCUACUUUGGGGAAUCUUUCCAAGUUGCAAACUCUUAACCUUGCAUAUAAUGAUAAUAUGAGUGUAAAUAAUUUCGAAUGGCUUUCUCAUCUCUCUAAUUUGAGAUACCUUGAUUUAUCAUCUGUGAAUCUCACUUUAGUUGUUGAUUGGUUAUCAUCUAUAAGCAAACUCCAUUCUUUAUCUGAACUUCAUUUAUACAAUUGUGGGCUUCAAAAUGUCACUCUCAAAUCUAUUCCCCAUUUGAAUUCUUCCAUUUCUCUAGAAGUUCUAGAACUUAGAGGAAAUAGUUUAAACUCUUCUAUUCUGCCAUGGGUCGUUAAAGUUAGCAAAUUUGUUCAAUAUCUUGAUCUCUCAGAUAAUGAACUCCAAGGUAGUAUACCAAAACCGUUUAGGAGUAUGUGUCAACUGAAAGAUUUACGCCUAAAUUCAAACAAAUUGUCUGGCCAACUCAGUGACAACAUACAACAAUUAUGUUGUGUAAAUAAUAGUUUAGAGUAUUUGUUUUUAAGUGAUAACCCAUUCACAAAUGAGUCACUUCCCAAUCUUUCAUGCUUUUCAUCCUUGGUGGAAUUAUAUCUUCAACAUACCAAUCUUGUCGGCAUGCUACCAAAAUCACUUUUUCUUUUGCCAUCUCUUCAAAUUUUAGAUCUUUCUCAUAAUCAUUUGAGUGGUGUGGAUAUCAUUGAUAAUGCAAAUACAUUGACUUUGCAGGGGCUAUAUCUAAGUUUUAACCAAUUGAGUGGAUCAAUGUCAUUAUUUGAGAUUACUAAACUUACUUCAUUGCACACAAUUGAUCUAUCCUAUAAUCCGUUAAGUGGACCAAUUCCUCACACAAUUGGCCGACUUUAUAACCUUACCUCAAUGUCUUUCUCUUCAGCUAAGUUGAAUGGUGUCAUUAAUGAAACACAUCUAUCAAAAUUGUCUCAGUUAAAUCAUUUGGAUUUGUCUCAAAAUUCACUUUCAUUUAACUUGAGUUCAGAUUGGGUUCCACCUUUCAAACUUGGAAUACUAAUAGCAUCAUCGUGCUUGUUGGGUCCUAAGUUUCCAAUAUGGCUCCAAAAUCAAACAGAACUUACAAAUCUAGAUAUCUCUAAUACAGGUAUUUCAGAUUCAUUUCCUAAAUGGUUUUGGAAUCUAUCUUCAAAUUUGGAGUAUUUGAAUGUUUCAGAUAACAAACUUAUUGGACCCUUGCCAAAAUCAUUUCCAAGUACCAUUGUAGAUGAUUAUUACAACCAUCGUGUGUGGGAUUUAAGUUUCAACAAUUUGAAUGGUUCAUUGCCCCCUUUUCCCGAAUUGCUCUCCCUAUUUCUCUCAAAUAAUAUGUUUACAGGGUCUCUAUCUUCUUUUUGUACUUCCUCGGCUCAAUAUUUAAUUUAUUUGGACUUAUCAAAUAAUUUUCUAAACGGGGAACUUUCAGAUUGUUGGUGGAACUUCCAAUCUUUAAUAGUUUUAAAUUUGGCAAGGAAUAAUUUAUCAGGGAAAUUACCUGACUCAUUUGGUGCUUUACAACAAAUUGAAUCACUCUAUUUAAAUAACAACAAUUUCUUUGGUGAAAUCACAUCUUUGAUCCCUUGUCAAAGCUUGAAACUAAUUGAUGUUGGCGAUAACAAUCUUCAAGGAACUUUACCGAUGUGGAUAGGUCAUGAUCUUCCUAUGUUGAUUGUUAUGCGUUUACGGGCAAAUAAGUUUCAAGGAAAUAUUCCUACAAGUAUGUGCAAUUUAUCAUUUCUUCAAGUAUUGGAUCUCUCAAUGAACAAUAUUACUGGGUCAAUACCACAAUGCUUUGGUGACUUAAUUGCUCUAUCAAAUUCAAUGCUUCCAAGAGAAAGCUUUCACCAUAUCUUAUCAUCAUUUGCCUCUUACACAGAAGAGUAUGCAUCUGGCACCUUCUAUGAUAAGGAAAUAUUGGCUUUGAAAGGAUCAAAUAGAGAAUAUAAAACAAAUCUCGGAUUGAUGACAACCAUUGAUCUUUCUUGCAACCACAUAACAGGAGAGAUACCCCAAAGUAUGACAAAGUUGGUGGCAUUGAUUGGCUUAAACCUUUCAGGAAAUAAUCUCACAGGAUCCAUUCCCAACAACUUUGGUCAUAUGAAAAGUUUGGAAUCACUUGACCUAUCAAGAAACCAUCUUUUUGGUAGAAUUCCAACAAGCUUUUCAAAUUUGAAUUUUCUCAGUUACAUGAAUUUGUCUUUCAACAACCUGGAAGGCGAAAUUCCACAAAGCACUCAACUACAAUCUUUUGAUCCCUCUUCAUUUGUGGGAAAUGAUAGACUUUGUGGGCCACCACUCAUAAAUCUUUGCCAUGAUGGUGUGAUUUCUCCAACUAGAAGCCAUGAGAAACAUGUCACAAGUGAAGAUGAAGAUAAGUUCAUAACUUUUGGAUUUUAUGUUAGCUUGGGACUUGGUUUCAUAAUUGGAUUUUGGGGAGUUUGUGGAACUCUGGUGAUAAAAACAUCAUGGAGACAUGCAUAUUUCAAGUUCUUCAACAACAUCUCAGAUUGGAUUGAAGUCACAGUAGUUGUUUGUGUAAUUAAAUUGAAAAGGAGAUUCCAAGUGGAAGGCUAACAGGUAAAGCUUCACUUGAGAGGGUGAUAUGUGACGGUGUUUUCGUUAAUAUAUGUUCGAUUUGAAACGUGCAUGUGGAAUUCUGGAGUAUUCUUUUGGCACUCUUUUUCCAUUGUUCUGUCUCUUUUUAUUAUGAAUGUUCUGUCUCUUUUUGUGUGUUUAUUAUUGUUUAAAUCCUCAUGUACUAUGGAAAAGUAUUAUGAAG